GCCUCCACGUCGACGUCGCGCCACCCGCCGCGCCGCCCGCGCCCCGCGCCCGCCCCGCCGGCCCCGCUGCUGCAUACGAAUAGAACACAACUCAAUCCGCUCCAAUAACAUUCAGUUCCGAACCGACUCUCUCAGCGAGUGCACGCCUCGACGCGAUAAACAAUAAUAAUCCCGAUUUGCAACUCAUUGCAUCAAAACUGAAGUGUUUACGGAAAGUUAAGAAGAAAACUCGACAUUACGUCAAAUAUUUAAAUCUUGACAUUCCCUGUCAUUGCAUUGAUUAAAUAUAAACAAAACCAAGUUUCUCUACAAACAUCAUAUUUACACGAAAAUAUUUAUUGGAUACAGAAAAAUAAAACCUGGGAAACGAUUUUACAGCAGUAUGAAAAUCAUAUUAACUUUUUCGACAUAGUUUAGUGUUGUGUUUUAACUACAUAUAAACAAUUUUCUGAAAACUGAAAAGUUUAUCAAUAAAAAUGUCUGCGUUAACUGUGACCACGACGCUGACCAACGGACACGUGAAAGGGAAAUUGGACACGACUCUCAACGGAUACAGGAAGAAUGGAUACGUCAAACCAGAAACAGACUUGCCGUCGCUCCGGCUGGCAGCGCCCUACAGCACGGACCCUCUCGCGGUGGCGGAGCGCGAGCGGUGCACGUACGGACGCAUCCCGCGCGCCGCCGCCGCCGCCGGCACCGCGCCGCGCCGGGUCCGCGUCUACUCGGACGGCAUCUACGACAUGUUCCACCAGGGCCACGCCAGGCAGCUGCAGCAAGCCAAGUGUGUGUUCCCGAACGUGUACCUUAUUGUGGGCGUGUGCAACGACAAGCUGACACACAGCAGGAAGGGCCGCACCGUGAUGACCGAGGACGAGCGGUACGAGGCCGUGCGACAUUGCAGAUACGUUGACGAGGUGGUGAAAGACGCGCCGUGGGAGUACGACGAGGCGUUCCUGGAGAAGCACAAGAUCGACUUCCUCGCGCACGACGACAUCCCCUACACCACCGAGGACUGCGAGGACACGUACGCCAUGAUCAAGGCCAAGGACAUGUUCGUCGCCACGGAACGGACUGAAGGAGUAUCAACCUCGGACAUAGUGGCGCGCAUAGUGCGCGACUAUGACAUCUACGUGCGGCGCAACCUGGCGCGCGGGUACUCGGCCAAGGAGCUCAACGUGUCCUUCCUCAACGAGAAGAAGUUCCGUCUGCAGAACAAGAUGGACGACCUCAAGGAGAAGGGGAAGAAGGUAAUGGAGAACAUAGGCGAGAAGCGCGUGGACAUCCUCACGAAGUGGGAAGAAAAAUCGCGCGAGUUCAUCGACGCGUUUCUUCUCCUGUUCGGGCCGGACGGGCGGCUGUCCAGCAUCUGGAACGAGUCGAAGGGGCGGCUCAUGCAGGCGCUGAGCCAGCCGCCCAGCCCCGCCGGCAGCCGCGAGCCCAGUGAGAACGGGGAUGACGAGCCGGUGCACAGCAAUAGCAGCAGCACGCGCGGGUCCGCGUCGCCGCCGCCCGCCAAGUCGCGCCGCUACGACGCGUUGCGCGCCGCACACACAGAUGCAACGAGCUCCAAGCGGUCGGGCGCGGCGGCGGGGGGCGCGGGGGGGCACCGCCAGCUCACGGACGACGGCUCGGACGAGAGCGACGACGAGUUCCAGGACCCGUACCUCUAGACCCCCCCCCACGCGACGCCCGCGCCCUCUAGCCACGGCUAACAAACAAAUUCAAAGUUAUGCUCUUUACAAGAUCAUAUAAUUUUGCAGGACUCGAACUUUUAAAUACACAUUGUAUUUUAAUUCAUAUACAAAAUUAUAAAACAUUGAAUAAUUCUCAAAAAUAAUGCUUUACGGAGCACGUUUCGAGUUUUGUUAUUGUGUAAAGUAAAUUAUUGUAGAAUGUUGUUGUAUGUUACAAUAAGGUAAGGUGAGUGCUGUUUGAGUACAACAGAGUGAAUGUAUUUAAUCCUAUUAGAUUUAAUUUUAUGUAAUAUUUAUGUUUUGUAAGCAAAUUCCUUUUACUUUCCAAUGGAGAUUACAUCAGCACCACCAUACCAUAGUGUAACAUAGGUGCGGUUGAAAGUUGUUACAUAGAUAUAUUAUUUGUAUAAUACUUUUUGACAGUUGAUUAAAAAGGUGCUUAAUAAUG